AUGAUUAACUCAGCUGAUCAUCACCAGAAAUCAAAACUUAGAAUAAUCGGUGCGGGCUUUGGUCGCACGGGAUCAAAAAGCUUGAAAAUAGCAUUGAAAAAGUUGGGUUAUGCAAAGUGUUAUGAUAUGUUUGAAGUACUAAAAUGUCCCGAACAUUCUAAAUUUUGGCUAAAUGCUAUGGACGAAGGUGAACAAUUUGACUGGGAGGACUUAUUUCAUGAUUAUGAUGCAACAAUUGAGUGGCCUGGCUUUCUUUUCUAUCAACAAUUAAUGGUCAAAUAUCCUGAUGCCAAAGUGAUAUUAAGUGUGCGCGAUCCAGAUACAUGGUAUCAAAGUAUCAAAGAAUCGAUCUAUUAUGCCCGUAUCGUAGCUUUUCCAGCACGGAUUGUGAAACGUUAUGAUAUUUUCCAUUAUGGCUGGAAUUGCUUAAAUAUUUACCGAUUGAUAUUUAAACUUAUAUGGUCAAAAACCUUUCAUAAUCGGUUUGAAGAUAAGCAAUAUACGAUCGAUCUAUUUCGAAAACAUAAUGCACAAGUUCAACGUGUGGUGCCUAGUGAACGGUUACUUGUUUUUGAUGUUAAGCAAGGCUGGGAACCGUUGUGUCGAUUUUUAGAUGUACAAAUACCGUCUGAACCGUUUCCACAUGUCAAUGAUAGAGUACAGUUUAACCGCAGAAUACAGCAAGAAAAUAUGAUAGGUUGGAUCAUCAUUUUCACAUUCUGUUUUCUUGGAUUACUCAUGAGUUAUAGAAUGGUUAUUUAA